AAAGCAAAAAAAAAAAAAAAACGGAAAAGCCAAACUGGCAGCAGAGACCUUGCUGCACCAUCCAUCCAGAGCGAGCGAGGGAUGUCUGGGAUGGCUGAGCGGGUGCUGCGAGGUGCCGUGAUUGGCGAUCACGGGAGCGGCAGCAGCAGCGGGAGCGGCAGCAGUGGCAGUGAUGACGUUGUUGUGGAGGAAUGUGAUCGACGUGCCCAGGCCACCAUCUCCGUUUUCGUGUAUGCCAACCACGGAGAGUUUGAUCAAGAGCUUGCGGCGUUGCACCACAAGACGUUUCCAGCUUUGCGCUCUUACGCACAGGAGCUCGGCUUGAACCUUGAGGUCCUGGACGCCAGCUUCUGUGCCGGCACGGGAGACUCGGCUGAUCCAGAGUGGUUCCAGCUAGCGCAGCAGCACUUGCACGACUGCAAGCACACAUCCAACGGGCCAUACUUUGUUGGCUUGCUGGGCCAGCACCUGGGGAAGAAGCUCCUCCCAACGACGCUGUCAAAGACGUCAUUCGAACACAUUUGCCAAGAAGGCACAGACGACCAAGUGCUGCUGCUGCGGUCAUGGUACAAACUUGACGAAAACGCCAACCCUCCAACAUUCGCGCUGCAGUCUGUGCAGGAGAAGUUGUCGAAACUGUUCACCACCGGCACAUCCAAGGGCGAGACCUCAGCCCGCACAGCAGCGCUGGGGCAAUGGAUGCACAUUGUUGAUGAGCUCGGCUCGGUCAUCGCACGUGCAAACGAAGCCCGAAGCGAAACAGUGGGCGCAGUGCACACGACGCUGCAAGCAGUGCUGAACGAGGCCGUGUUCAUGGAUGCGAGUCCGCGGGAUUGCAUCAUUGCCUGCAGGCAAUUCAAGAAUCUCGACGAUCAUCUCGGAGAUGCGGCCCUGCCCCAAUAUGUGCACGUGCGCGACGGCACUGUGGAUUCGCAAGCGCUACAAGACCUCAGCACCAUCACCACGAGGCUCAAAGGGACACUGGACGAGGAGGAUCUUGUCAUCCGCACAAUCGCGUGGAGCGAUGGCUGUGGUGUCCAACCAAAGGACAUUGACCACCGCAAUUACAUCAAGGCCACGCAGGCCGGCGUGGACGAUUGCCUUCGCACAAAGAUCGAACACGCGAGCCGCACGGUGCCGCCACGGGAUGCGAUCCUGGCGGAGGUCGUGUCCCACGCAAGGUUCACAGCGGCACAGCUGGCCCUUCCAAACUGCCACGCACACGUUCUUGACGAAGCCCAUGAUGCAAUCAAGAGCACGGGGGUUGUCUCUGUUGUGGCUGCGAGCGACCGUCCUGUUCUCGCUGCACGCAUCGCCCACGCCGUCAAACGGCACACCCCAUCCAAGGUCGUGUGCGUACGGUAUUGCGGACUGACGGCGCAAUCAAGCUCGCUGCACGGCAUCCUCUUCUCCAUCUGCCAGCAGGUUGGGCGGGUGCUCGGGCGCAACACGGAUGCAAUUCCGCACUUCACCCACCAGCUGCCGACGUUUCUGCACGCGCUGCUGAAGGAGGCGACUGCCACCUCUGUUGCGGUUGUGCUCGACGAUAUUGCAGCCAUUGCCACCACGCCCGCUGAUCGCAACACCAUCAGGCACCUCUUGCACGUUCUUGCGCCGGUUGCUGUCGUUGUUCUUGUGAGCGAUGAGGAGGUGGCGUGGCUCAAGUCAAUUCCCACCAUCGUCGCCAUCAAGGCUGCUCCAAUGCCGCGAAAAACCGCAGAUGAAGUCAUUGAGCAGCGAAUCUCUGCUGCCCAUCGCACGCUCAGCAGAACGCAUCGACAGGCGAUUUCGAACGGCCUCAACCGCUGCACGGCGCCGCUCUACGUUCGGCUCGCGGCAGAGAUGGCGGUGACGUGGAAGUCGACGGACUCGACCACGCUGGCAACGACGCCAUCCCAGAUGGUCAAGCAAUUUCUCGAGCGCAUUGAAAAGCAGUGCGGACAGGUGGUGACGGCCGCCUGCUUCUCGUAUGUGGCGCUUUCACGCUUCGGUUUGCUUCGACAAGAGCUGCUGGAUGUACUGUCUCUCGACAAUGAGGCGCUGCGGUCGUGUGACGUUUCCACGAUGCCUGCAGGCAUUUCGCGCUUCCCCUUUCCUCGUCUGGCGCGGUGGCUGGCGGCUGCCUCACCACUUCUUGCUGUCGUUGACGCUGACGGCGGGCGUGCACUUCGCAUCGCCACACCAGAGGUUGCGGCCGCUAUCACGAGCCGCUACCUGCGCCCUGCGCAGGCCGUCGCUGCCAGCCGCACUCUCCGCGACUACUGGGCAUCGCGCUGGGCCGCACAGCCAAAGCCCACAGCUGACGGCACGCCAACCAACAGGCUCGUCCCGGAGCAGCCGCUGGAGUUUGAUGGGCCGCUCGCUCGUCCCAACAUGCGCGCACUGCACGAACUCCCGCACGUGUUGAAGCAAUGUGGCGACCUCGAAUCUCUCGACCACCUCGUCUGCUUCAACUACAAUUUCCUGCGUCAAUUCCUGAAGCACACGACCGUUGAGGAAACUGUUGGCCUCUUUAACGUCCCCACCAGCGGCGAAAGUGCUGGCGCUGCUGCAUCAUCGUCCUCAUCAUCGGCGGAUGCGAAGAAACAGGCAGAGGCGCGUCAACUCGUCGCCCGCGCGCUUUCGCUCAGUGACCACGUUCUAGCAACGGAGCCAGACCAGCUCGCCUGCCAGCUGAUUGGUCGUCUCCAGGCGGAGGCGCGACACCACGCAGACAUCCAGGUGCUGUUGGAGCAAGCGAGCAAGAGUGCACAGGAGAGCCGCAUUAACCGCUGCGUUCCGACUGUCACGUGCAUGGCCACCCCUCACAACGCCCCAAAGCUGCUGCUGUCUGCCCACGAACACAUCAGCGGCAUCGCGUGCCUCAAGUCAUCCGCUGUUGUCGCUUCUGAGCGCGUCCAGUUUGUGGCUGCUGACGGGACCAAUGAGCCGGUGGUCGCGGUCGACGUCAGAGCACACGAUGCGCUGGCCGUGUUUGCAUCGCUCGAUCGUGCUGCCGUGCUCUUCGCUGACAAAUGCCUGGUGCUUGAUGCCGUGAACGGCGGUGUCGUGGCGACGAUUGAGCACGGGGGAUACGCGGGCUGCUUCACUGACGAGCACAACGGCGCCCUCGUGAUUGUCAACGACGAGUCCAUCACGCGCUUUGAUGCAAAGGGCAAGCAGACAAAGUCGCUCAGUCUCACGGACCACGUCGAGAGCGUGUGCGCGUCAAGCGACCAUGUGCUCGCGGUGACUGAUGACACAGUGUUGCUGUGGCCCUCCAAGGACUCGACUGAACCAAAACGUGCUGAACUUCCAGCAGGCACUGCUGUCCACUGCCUGUCCACCUCCCGCGUGUUCAUGUUGAAGGAAACGCCAUCAUCACCAUCGUUGCUGCAAGCUGUGAUUCUCUCCGUUGCUGUUGGGGAUGACGGUGAUGCUGUUGCCUUGAAGGAAAUGACUCUUCCUCUCACGCUCCCGCACGAUGAUUUUAUCACGGCGUUCUCAUCGUCAUCAACAGCAGCUGUCAUUGCUUCACACAACACGGCUGUGCUUGUUCACCUUCCGUCAUCUGGUGAAAGCGCUGACGCAUUUGCUGUUCGUCGCGUUGUCCAUGCGCCGAUCCUCCCAGCAGAACUGGAGCAGGUUGCUGUCGACGAUGAGGAGCGAAUCAUCGCCGCAACGGACGAUGGCCACGUAUACAUGUACGACUCGGCCGUGCCUGCGGUCUCCACACUGCCAACAGCACUGGAGGCUCUCGCGUUCUCGGACAAAUUGCACAACGGAUCGUUUUGCCUGAGCAGCGCCGCCAUCGCCUCCGCCGCACUCGUGGAGACGAGUGAUGGGCGCGUGCUGUGCGCCGACGACUGCGCCUGGAAGCUGCUGGAUGCCACUUCUCUCGACGUUCAAUCGCAGGCUGCACCGCCUUGCGAGCAUCCUGUGAUUGCGCUGUGCAUGCACAAGCGCAAGGUGCUGUCCCUUCACGCAGACCGCCUCUUUCGUCUUUGGACAUUGGAUGGAGAGCUGAUUGAGACGAGUGAGAGCGCAGUUCCCGACACCAUGUGGCCGCUGAAAGCGUUUGCCGGUGGACCGUCCAUUGCUCUUCUCUCCCGUGACGGCCGCUGCUGUACAGUUGACGGCGAUCAGCUCACCUGCCGCCCCCCUCUCCAGCACAACCCCGUCGCCGCCAUACGCACAACAGAGCACGGGCUUGUGGUUGGCGCGGGUCGUGAGGUCGUCGUCGUCGUCGCUGAGCAUCCGGUGGUGCUUGGCCAACACGAUGCGCCCGUGAAUUGCAUCGCCUCCAACGACAGCACCGUCAUUUCCGCGAGUGGAACGCAGGCGAAAGUGUGGGAUUUGGCCCACAGGAGUGCAAGCGGACGCUUCAGACGCUGCACCCCAUCACCAACGUGGCUGUGACGCCGAGUGCACAGCCCGUCCUCAUCAUGAACAAUGCCCUCGAGGUCUGGGAUGCGGGCGAGGAGACGCGCAUCACGCGGUUUGUUGCUGAUCAGAGCAUUGGGGCGGUGGCGUCUCGUGUCGGCGCCUCCGCCCACUCCCUCUUCGUUGCGCUCGGUGGCGAUCAGGUCAUCUCACUCGCCCUUCCGCGUCUGGCAAAGGAGCGCGCCAAGAUGCGUGGCAUCUCCAUGUUUGGCACUGCGGGUCUCGAUCCCUCACAGAUUCUGGCGCAGCGGAGUGUGCUCAAAGAUGUGCGCACAACGCCAGCGCCCGUCAAGCCGAAACCGACACCCAAAUUGCACGAGAAAACGCUGGACGAGCUUGAGGGCCCAACGUGGGUCAUUGAUCACACGCACGGCGAUGAUGAUGAUGCCCAUGAUGGUCAUGAUGGUCACGGUGCUGGCGAUGGUGAUGGUCGCGGUGUUGAUGAGCACCACGGCGUGUUGCCGUCUGACGUGCGUCGUGGUCGCCGCGCCAGCGCCCACGAGGGCAACAGCGACGAGUACUCGCGCAAGACAUCGGCAGCGAGCGGCGGCGCAGACAGCAAGCGCAGCAGUCGUGGCGGAGGCGAUGAGGGUGACGGCGAUGAUGAGGGUGAUGGUGGCAAGGGGACGACGGAGACACCUGGGGACAAGAAGAAGGGAGGAUGCUGUACACUGCUCUGAAUCGCACGUGUUUUGUGUUUGCUUUCAGCGAUGGUGGCACGUGGUGCUGGAUGGAUUGAGUGCUGGGUAGAUAGCAUGCGUGAAGUUUAUGUUGCAUUACAAUACAUUUUCAUUACACAGCGAGAGAACGCAA